UUCGUUCGAUGAGCAUCGGAUACCGAUCGGGCUGUUUGCGAAGCCGUUUGGUCAAUAAGAAGCUCCUCGUGAAAUUUGAGAUAGCAGAAUGUACGUACAUGUGACGCGAAUGGUGUAUCGUGUAUCGGUCCGGUACGCGACCUGUGCUCAAUAAUUCCAUCAAAAAAGGAAACAUUCACGGCGAUGAAAUUCUGUGACAAAUAAGGAGAAUAAGAACAGUGCUGACAUACCUGAGUCGCAAGAGAAACAGCAAGUUAUUGCAGAAUAUCCUUUCUACAGACGAAAGAAAAAAAGGUCAACACUUGUCUGGAUUGUAUGCGAUGUGCCGGCGACCCACCCUCGCUCACUGUUUAUCCUUUAAGUAUAAAUCUAACCCUUUACUACGUAUUCGAGGGUAGCAUGCCGCAUACUAUGCAAAUCUACCAUCACCGUUGUCAUUGCCUAGGAGUUACAUUUUACAAGAUAAAUCAAUUUUAAAAAUUUAUUUUUGGACACAGACCUUUCUUGUAUCUAUAGCCUGAUUUCCAAGUUAAUAUUAAUAAAUUCAACAUGUAUGCAUUAAAAAUACAAACUGCCUGUCAAAGCGAGGGUAGUGGGGAACCUGAUGAUCCAAGUAGUCAUCAUCAAGAACCUGUUAGACCUCCAGCACAGGAUUGUAGUUCAUUUGACAUUGUUAGAGCAACUCAGUAUGGAGCUUUGGAUCGUGUGACUGAAUUAGUAGAAGCUGGUGCUGAUGUAAAUCAGCCAGAUUCAGAAACCGUAACAUUAUUGCAUUGGGCAGCAAUAAAUAAUCGAAAAGACAUAGUAAAAUAUUUGAUUGCAAAGGGAGCUGUUGUUGAUGCAAUCGGUGGUGAACUUGCUUCCACACCACUACAUUGGGCUACAAGACAAGGUCAUUUAUCUACAGUUGUGAUAUUAAUGAGAGCAGGAGCAGAUCCAACUCUUAGAGAUUCUGAAGGAUUUUCAUGUAUUCAUUUGGCAGCUCAAUUUGGUCAUACCUCUAUUGUAGCUUAUCUAGUUGCAAAAGGAGUAAAUCCAAAUAUGCCAGACAGAAGUGCAAUGACACCCCUCAUGUGGAGUGCCUAUAAAGUUAAUAGUUUUCCCUUUUACAGUUUAGAUCCAACACGCUUGUUACUGACUCUAGGAGCAUCUCAUUUGCUCGCAGAUAAUUUACAUGGUAAUACUGCUUUGCAUUGGGCAAUUAUAGCUGAGAAUAGUACAGCGAUAUCAACGCUAGUCCAUCAUGGUGCAUCUUUGGAUCGACCUAAUGUUCUAUAUGAAACACCAAUGACAUUAUUGGAUCGUCAUAUUGGUGCUGCCUGGUUAGGACAUAAAAUCAGUCAAGAAAUCAGAGAAAAACAAGGCAGAACAAGAAUAUGGUGUAGGGAUAAGAGAAUACGCUGGUAUUGUAUGGUCAGUACGCCAUUUAUAGUUUUUUAUCUCAUUGGAAUGAUUUUUCAAAGUGGAUUGGAUUAUCUAAUAAAAAUAGGUGCCUUUAUCACUCUUUAUAUAGCACUGUAUUUAGCUAAUCAUUUUAUCUUUGACGAACGAUUAUUUCAUAUUAUACCAAUGUCAAUCUAUUUGGCUACAAAGAUGUGGAUAUAUAUAACAUGGAUAUUUUGGUUAGGCAUACAUGCUGCAUGGUAUUUAUGGUUACUAUUAGUAGGUGGAUCUGUACCACUCUGGAUAUGUUUCUUACAAUCCUGGAGGGGUGAUCCAGGUGUAAUUACAGCUACACAUGAGGAUAAGUUAAAUACAAUUAUAGAAUUAGCAGAGUCUGGUGGUUUUGAACCACAAUCAUUUUGCAGCAGUUGCUUGAUUAGAAGACCUAUGAGAUCUAAACAUUGUUCUACGUGUGAUCGGUGCGUUGCACGCUUCGAUCAUCAUUGCCCUUGGAUUAAUAAUUGCAUUGGUGCGCAUAAUCACAAGUAUUUUCUGGGAUUUUUAGCAUCAUUAUUAGGCCUCUGUAUUGUUAUUUUAUCCGCUAGUGCACAGUAUUGGCAAUUUGAGUGUUGGACAAAUUUAACAAAAGGGCAUACCGCUGAUAAUUAUCUAGUUACUACGGCUACAUGCGAUGCUUGGGUAAUGUGGGUUGCAGCAAAUACGGCCCUUCAUUUCUUUUGGGUCGGUACGCUACUUGCGUGUCAAUGUUAUCAGAUAAUGGUUCUUGGAAUGACAACAAACGAACGCAUGAACGCAGGACGCUAUGCACAUUUCAAACAGGGGAAUCCUUUCCAUCGUGGCGCUCUUCAGAAUGCGGCUGAUUUUUGUAAUUUAAGCUUCUGUGGAGUAAAAGCAAAGCCCAGUUCAGAUUGGUUACACAGUUUCGAUCAUAAGCAGAGCAUCGAAAAGUUGCCUCUACUUGCUACGAAAGACAACUUCCAAUAUAUUUAGAGUUUUUCUCAAGGAUCGCAGAACUGUCAUGGAAGAUAAUGUAAUUUUGCCAUCAGAAGCUAACAUAGUGUGUCAUAUCAUUUGCGCCUGGAGCAUACUUCUGAAUUACCAAAGAGUUACUACAAAAUUGGAAGUGACUUUUAAGGAAGGUAGUGAUUUUGCAUAUACAGAUUUAAAUUGCAUAAUAUAAGUAAUUUCUUACAUUUAAUAAAAUACAAAUUUUAACAUUCGUCUACCGUAAAAGACUGUUCUACGACGUAAGUAUGCAUAUCCCACAUUUGUGUACUCUUCGUUUCAAAUAUGAAACAGAAGAACACGUUGCACAAGUACUUUGACUCUAUUUUUACAACAAAUUAUGAACCAAGAUUCCUUUUUGUCUUCGUAUAUUAUCUCUACAGUUUACUUCUUAAUUCGAUAAACGAAAUGUUAACAUAAUUGAUUAAAAUGUAGUUUAUUUUACAUCGCAUUGUAAAUAUCUAUACUUUUCAUGGAAUUGUAAUGUCACAGAACAUGAACACGUUAACAUUCUCUUUUUUUCAAUUACAAGUUUUUAAGUUUACUUUAAAUGUUAUAAAUCCCAACGAGUAUCAGAUUUAAUCCAUAAAUAAUUUAUUUGUAUAAGUACAAUUCUGAUCAUGUUGGAAAACAGUAAUAUCUUUAUACAAAAAAAGCCAUGACAGUCAGUUGUAUAAGAUCAUUAUAUAAUCGAUGUUAUUUAUUACAAUUAUUUGUACUUUGCAGUUUUUAUUGUCCAUGAUAGAAACAUGAGUAUUCAUAUUAAAUUUGAAUAAAAUUCAGAAUAUGUAAAAAAGUUAUUAAAAGGUAUUACUAACGAAAAGUAUGGCAUAUUUAUAUUUAAUAGUUAACGGAUCAAUUUCAAUCCAAAAAAUAAAUCAAACGUUGUGCAACAUUAUUGUAAGUAAAAUUACAUUGCAUAUUAUUGUUGGCAAUUUAAUCCGUUUUUCCGUACUUAUGAAUAAGUUUACCUGACUUAAGUGCCAUGCUUAUGCUCUUCAAAAGACAUGCGUAUACAAUACGUAUUUACACUCGUAUAUAUAUAUAUAUAAGUAUUUAUUUAUGCUCUUUGUAAGAUUUGAUUAAUGUUGUCUGUUGUAUUUAAUCUAUUACUACAUUAUGUAAAAACCAUUUUAAACGAUAGCAAUAUAGGAUAGUCUAUAACAAUUGUUUAUAAUGUCUGUUUUAAUAGAUGUCAUACUUUGAUAAUGUCAUCGAUUUCAAAAAAUUAUAUUAUUAUGCGUAGAAAUACCAAAUAUAAAAUAAGAGAGGAGCCUGAUACAUUUUUGUACAAUUACAACGUGUGACGACAGUUACUAAUAGAAAAUAAUUGUGAGAUAUUACUUUACAUUCCAGAAACGUACUUCGGUGUAUAACUGUGAGUUUCUUUUUCGUCUUUAACGUUAGCGUGUGAUUAAAAACGUAUGCUCAUGCUUUUAAUUCGUUUGUCAGCAUCAUUGACAUGCGUAAACAAUUGGAGUGCACUGUUAAGGUUGCAAGUGCUAUGUCAAUUCCACUUUCUAACAUUCUUAGUCGUGAUUAUCAAAUACUAAUACUAUGAAAGUUGUGUUGCGCGCACAAUUAAAGAAGGAAACCAGGCAUUCUACAAUUGAUUGCAUCCUUAACAGGAUAGGACACAAUUUAAUUUUAUUAAGAUAUAAUUUAAAAUAAAAGCCCAUGUUAAGAAUAUUUUCGUCAAUGAUCCUGUUUAACCAGUUAUUAAGUAUAAGUAUUAAAUACUCAAGCUAAAGAGAGUGCAUGUGUUUUUUACAUUGCAUUCCCAAUAGGUGCCUAAAUAUCCAAUUAUGUAUAUUACCUUAUAUGAAUUUAUAAAAAGGAUACUCUGUGGAUCGAUCAAAAGUGGUUUAAGGAUACUUUAAAUUUAAGUUCUUAUUCGUUAAGUAAUCUUCAAUAUGUUCCGAAUAAUUGAGCACAGAUAAGUGUCGUGUCAUAGUUUAUUAAUUUUAUCUGCAUAACAACCGAAGAUAACGAUUAGAUCAUUUCAUCAACUGUAUUAUUAGAUUCUCUGAGUUUACGUUGUAGUAACGGUUAAUAUGCAAGUCAUUUAAUUUCAUUAUGUAUAUAACUGAACUUAAUUUUAGUUUGGUAAUUUGGCAAUCUUGUUCGAAAGUCUUUGAUAUAAGAAUACGCAUGUACAGGACGAAAUUAAUAUUUGGUACAUUUAUCCGACUCUCAUUUAUUAAAAAUAAGUUUUCAAUUUUGAUUGCUUGUACAGAAUGUUACGAGGUGUUUGUACAAAACAUUGAGACAUACAUAUGUAAUAUUAUAUAAUAUAUAGAAUCGACCGUGCGAUGAUAUUAAAGAAUGAAUACUCUAUGUCAGAAUUAUUACAAGAAACACGACGCGUAUAAAUAUUAUAAAUACAAAUGUUAGUUAGAUGUAAUUACUUGAUAACAAACUAUUAAUUACUUAUAGAAUGAAUGUGUUAAUUAAGUCAAGCAUAUAAUUUCUCUCGAAUGUAUGGUAUACGUUUAGUAUUUAUUCAUAUUUCCAAUCUAGUCCAAUUGAUAUUAAGGUAAACCGGUAUGUAGAUUAUGUUUACUUCCUAUAAGCGACAAGACACAGUCGAUUUAUGUAUAGCAAGCAAUUUCUCUCGUUUUUCAAAGUGAGUGAGUCGGAAACAAAAGAAGGAUUGUGUAAUUAAUGACGCAAUAUCAACGAAUACGAGCAUUGAGAAACUGUAUUAUAACAUUUUGAGAAACAUACAAAUAAGAAAUAGAUAAAUACAAGACAGGAAAGUUUUUAUAAUAAUUAACAUUUUUAAAUGUUUAAUUUGUAAAUUGCAAGAAUUGUUUGCUUCGAAAAUGUAUAAGGAAGUUGAAUUAAUGAAUUAAAUAUACAGAUUAAGAUUUGAAAAAAGCAGAUAUUUAGAAAUAUGUGAGAAUUUGAACGUUUAGAUUCUAGUUAAUCUAGUUUAGAUUCUAGUUAAAUUUUUCGUGGAAAACGAUUAAAUAUAGUUGUAAAAACCUUUUGUCUGACUUGUUACGACUUUGAAAAAUUAUGGAACUCCUCGCAAACAUAGAUCAGUUUACAGCUGUUGUAUCGAAUCAUAUUAGGCUAAUUAUAACACUCUAUUUCUGAUUCAAUCAAUGUAAAUAAUAAUCUUUUACUUCUAACGGCGUUUUAAGAACAAAUAAAGUUUAAAAAAGCAAAGUAUCGGAGAUGUAAACAUUCUUGGCAAUUAAUUGCAAAAUUCAAUUAUAGUUACUAUACGUUGUAUAAUAAAUAAAAAAAAAUAUAUAUAAAUGAUUAAUUUA